AUGCCAUACGUUAUUAAUGAACGUGAAUACAAUCAUGAAUAUUACCUUACUGAUGGUGUAUAUCCAGAGUACGCUACAUUUCUCAAGUCAUACACAUAUCCAGCUGAUGAAAAAAGGAAAUUGUUCAAAUUAGCACAGGAAUCUGCAAGGAAUGAUGUGGAGCGGGCGUUUGGGGUGAUGAAAGCAUGUGCUAUUUUACAUAACAUUAUACUAGAAGAAGAUGCUUCUCAACGUUCUUCGUCAGAAAUGGAGCAUUUGAAGUCUCCUUUUAGAGGGAUUGCACGUGAUGUUAGAGGAAGAGCAUUGUGCUAUAAACAGGAUUGGAAUGCUGGAAUUCGCUCUGGAAUUGGGAUUUUGGCUCCAACUACAUACAUCUUCUUUGCUUCUGCACUACCUGUGAUUGCAUUUGGGGAGCAACUUAAUAGAGAUACAGAUGGAAGGUUGAGCACAGUUGAAACUUUGACUUCCACUGCUAUUUGUGGUCUCAUACAUUCAAUACUUGGUGGACAACCUCUUCUGAUAUUGGGAGUUGCAGAACCUACUGUUAUAAUGUACACUUACUUGUAUAACUUUGCUAAAGGGAGACAAAAUUUGGGGCAAGAGUUGUUCUUGGCAUGGGCUGGAUGGGUAUGCACUUGGACAGCUAUGAUGUUGUUCAUUCUUGCAAUUUUCAAUGCAUGUGUUAUCAUCAAUAGGUUUACAAGGAUCGCUGGAGAAACUUUUGGGAUGUUAAUUUCUGUUCUUUUUCUUCAAGAGGCAAUCAAGGGACUCGUGAGUGAGUUCAAGGUGCCUAAAAAUGAGGACGCAAAUAAAGUGAAGUAUCAAUUUCAAUGGCUUUACACCAAUGGUAUGUUGGCAAUUGUAUUCUCAUUUGGGCUUUUAUACACGGCAUUAAAAAGCAGGAAAGCAAGAUCAUGGUGGUUUGGGACAGGGCGACUCAGAAGCUUCAUAGCAGACUAUGGAGUCCCGUUGAUGAUUAUAGUGUGGACAGCUGUCUCUUUCGGUGUACCUGGCAAACUCCCUUCUGGAGUUCCAAGAAGACUCUUUAGUCCACUCUUAUGGGAAUCUGAAUCGACAUAUCAUUGGACUGUUAUCAAGGAUAUGGGUGAAGUUCCUCUUGUAUACAUCUUGGCAGCCUUCAUACCAGCUCUUAUGAUAGCAGGGCUUUAUUUCUUUGAUCAUAGUGUUGCUUCACAGUUAGCUCAACAAAAAGAAUUCAACCUCAAGAAUCCUUCAGCCUAUCAUCAUGACAUUCUUUUGCUUGGGUUCAUGACAUUGCUAUGCGGAUUGUUAGGACUGCCUCCUUCAAAUGGUGUAUUGCCUCAAUCACCCAUGCACACUAAAAGCCUAGCAGUUCUCAAAAAACAGUUUAUUAGAAAGAAGUUGGUAGCGAGUGCCAAGGAAAGCAUAAAGCAGAAAGCUACCAAUUCAGAGAUCUACAACAAGAUGCAAACCGUUUUCAUAGAAAUCGAUAGCUCUCCAAUUACAACUACGAUAGUUAAAGAACUAAAAGACUUGCAAGAAGCAGUGAUGAAAGUAGAAGAUGGAGAAGAGUUCACAAAGGGGAAGUUUGAUCCUGAGGAGCACAUCGAUGCACACUUACCUGUGAGAGUUAAUGAACAAAGAGUCAGCAAUCUACUGCAGUCGCUUCUUUUAGCAGGAUCUAUUUGUGCGAUGCCACUUAUAAAGUUAAUACCAACUUCAGUUCUUUGGGGCUAUUUUGCUUACAUGGCCAUUGAUAGUCUUCCUGGAAACCAAUUUUGGGAAAGGAUCUUGCUUCUCUUUAUCCCUUCUGGCAGAAGAUACAAGGUUCUGGAAAAGGUUCAUGCUUCUUUUAUCGAGUCAGUCCCAUUUAGAAGCAUAGUAGUAUUCACAGUCUUCCAAAUUGUGUAUUUCCUUGUGUGCUACGGUGUGACAUGGAUUCCUAUAGCUGGAAUUCUCUUCCCAGUUCCUUUCUUCCUUCUCAUCAGCAUACGCCAACACAUUCUACCAAAACUAUUCCAACUUCAUUAUUUGAGGGAACUUGAUGCAGCCGAAUAUGAGGAAAUCCUGGGUAGUCCACCAAGAGCUCCUAGUUUCAAUCUCGGGGAAUCGGUUAGUGAUCAUGGUGGGAGCAUUGAAGGUGACGUGGCCAUAUGUGAUGCUGAAAUACUUGAUCAAAUGACUACAAAUAGAGGGGAGCUCAAGGUUCGGAAUCUUAGUUUCAGAGAAGAAAGACGCACACAGCAAAUUUAUCACGGGGACUAUAUCCAGCCAGAGUGAAACACAGAAAUCAAUGAUCAUUGAUGGAUAGCACUAUGAUGGCUGUGUAAAGGUAAUGAAUAAUUAGUAUGCAUUUCGUUUAUGCAUAAGAACUCAAUAAGGCUUUGUGUAAUUGUGUAUUUGUGUUAGUUUACUGCUUUCGUUUACUUCAAGUUCAUUGUGAAUGUGAUUAUGUGAAAUUGUGAACGUACAAAACAGUUAUUUUAUGGGGCCCAACCUAGUGGAACGUUGAACCCAUCUUUAUGGUUUUUAAAGAAAAAAGCCCAUCGAGCU